AUGACUUCUAAAGGGGUACACAAUCAUCAACAACCUUUCAUGGCACUGCUUGAGCUUGAUAGUUCGCUUGUCUAUACCCAACUCGAUUGUCCUGAUUUUUUGAACAAUGUUAACGUUUGUGAUUUGCGUGUUUGCUCUUGCAACGGCAUCCUUUGUUUCACCAUUGAGGAUCAUUUCCCUCUUUUGUGGAACCCUUCCAUUAGGAGAUUCAAUACUUUCCCUCCUUUGAAAUAUCCGGGAAAAGGAAAUACAUUUCUCGCUUCCACAUUUAGCUUUGGAUAUAGUCCUUCAACUCACAAUUAUAAGAUUGUUGCUGUUUCUUUCUUUAAGAACCAAUAUAGAGUUAGUGUUUAUACUUUGGGUACCAAUACUUGGAGGAGGAUCCAAGACUUCCCAUAUUCUCACAUCAGUGAUAAUCCAGGUGUAUUUGUGAGUGGCACCAUUAAUUGGUUGUCAUAUGAUAUUUCAAGUAGACUUUUGAAUGCCAUUGUUUCUCUUGAUUUGGAGAACGAGUCGUAUCAAAAUCUUUUGCUGCCAGAUACGGAUAAGCAACGUGAAUCCUUGGGAAAGUUGAGGGAUUGCUUGUGCCUCUUUACUAGCAGCAGCAGUGAUAUGCUUGUGGAGGUUUGGAUUAUGAAGGAAUAUGGAAAUAAAGAGCCUUGGACAAAAUUGUACAAUAUUCCUUACAUGGGAGAUCAAGUUUUAUAUCCCUAUUCCAAGAGUUGUUGCUAUGCUAUUUCGGAUGAUGACCAAGUACUAAUGGAUUUUGAAGAGUUUUUGACAUUGAAGUUGUUUGUCUAUGAUUCCAAAAAUGGUACUUUUAAUAUACCUGAGUUUCAACAUAUUAGUAGCAGUUACUUGAACCCGGAAGUCUACAUUGAGAGUUUGAUAUCACCUUAUUCUUGA